AAUGGCAUAUUAAAGAGAAAGUGAAAAAAAGGCUAAGAUCUGUGAUAAUAAUAUUGGCAUCGAAAGAUUGCAAUUGGAUUUUUGUUUGAUUGAAAUCAAGAGAAAAUGCGUCUAACUUCUAUCCUGAACGGUCAACAUUUUGGCAAUCUUGCCAAAGUGCACGGUAUUGUCACCUAUAAACUUUCACCGUUUGAGCAGCGAGCCUUUGCUGGAGCCAUCAAAAAUGGUCUACCGAAUGUAUUCCGUCGCCUUCGGUCCAAUGUUUUUAUCGUGGUACCACCAUUUGUUGUCGGAUAUCUUAUUUACAAUAUGGUGGAGGCACGACAUCAUCACUUAAUGCGUAAAAAUCCCGCAGAAUUUGCUAACGAUGAAUAAAUGAAUUACAAAAAAAUAUCGGUUUGUAAUAGUUAAUUGUAUACGAAAUAAAUAUAAUUUCGCUGGAUUUAUUAGCAAAGUGUAGGCAAAAUAAAUAAA